UCAGUCUCUCUUCCUUCUCCGACCAUUAUCCCCCUUGUUCCCUGUGGCCAACACCUCUUCUGUCUGGGGUCCUCGAGUGGGUCGCUCCCCAUCUAGGCGAAGAUGUCAGCCCAGGAGAGUUGUCUCAGCCUCAUCAAGUACUUCCUCUUCGUUUUCAACCUCUUCUUCUUUGUACUAGGCGGCCUGAUUUUCUGCUUUGGCACCUGGAUCCUCAUUGACAAGACCAGCUUCGUGUCCUUUGUGGGCUUAUCCUUCGCACCACUGCAGACCUGGUCCAAGGUCCUGGCUGUCUCGGGGGUCCUCACCAUGGCCAUGGCCCUCCUGGGUUGUGUGGGGGCUCUGAAGGAGCUGCGUUGUCUUCUGGGGCUGUACUUCGGGAUGCUACUGCUCCUGUUUGCCACACAGAUCACCCUGGGGAUCCUCAUCUCCACUCAGCGGAUCCGGCUGGAGCGAAGGGUACAGGAGCUGGUGUUGCAGACGAUCCACAACUACCGCGCGAACCCGGAUGAGACAGCGGCUGAAGAGAGCUGGGACUACGCGCAGUUCCAGCUGCGCUGCUGCGGCUGGCACUCUCCACGGGACUGGAUAAGCGCCCGCGUGCUGAGAAGGAACGAGUCUGAUGAGCCCUUCGUGCCCUGCUCCUGCUACAACUCCACGGCGACCAAUGACUCCUCGGGCUUUGAUAAGCUCUUCUUCUCCCAGAUUAGCCGGCUGGGGCCGCGGGCGAAACUGAGGCAGACCGCUGACCUAUGCACACUCCCCGCAAAAGCGCACAUCUACCGCGAGGGCUGCGCGCAGAGCCUCCGGAAGUGGCUGCACAACAAUCUCAUCUCCAUAGUGGGCAUCUGUCUGGGAGUCGGUCUUCUUGAGCUCGGCUUCAUGACGCUCUCAAUAUUCCUGUGUAGAAAUCUGGACCACGUGUACAACAGGCUGGCACGGUACCGCUAGGCCCCAGCCCGCCCCAUCCGCACCCAUGCACCUCCAUGCAGGCAGGAAAUGUUUCCUUCCUGGCUGGUCUUAGGCUGGAGCCCGUACCUCGGGACUCAUUCCCUGGGGAGCCAGGUGUCGGCCCUCACAGACAGCCAUCACUUCCCUCACGGGGCCAGGGCCUUCCAUCCGUCCCCAGCUUCCUUCCCCAUUCCCUCCUCCCCACACCAUCUGUCUGCCACCUCCCACAUGACACCUCAAAUAAAUCCCUUUCGUUUUUGGUAAAAAUAGCUUUAUUCUCCUUCGGAACAUAAACCAUCAUUCUUGGGGAAAGGAAGGUGGCAGGCUGGUCUGAGGCUCAUUUAAAAUGGGGACAAGAUUAAGAAGUCCCACCCCACUGCUUGCCUAGCUGAGAUAACAUUACAUCCUUAAC